GCUAGUCCAGUGUCCAUCCAGUCCACAGCACACCGCCCGCGAUGGCGCUCCGGCUCCACUCUGCCCUCUCCGCCGCCGCCUCCGGACGCCUCUUCUGCCACCGGGCUCUCUCCGCGGAGGCCACCUCGCGCCCUCAGUGGGGUGUGAUCGCCGGCACGCGUCCGGUCAAGUCGCCGGCGCUCGGUGCGACCUUCCACCUCGCCGAGCCCCCGCGCGCCUCCCGCCUCCUCGUCCCCGACCACCUCCUCGGGUCGGGGCCACUCCCGGGCGUCGACAGAGGAAUCAUGGGCGCGCUCUUCUGCGACGUCCGCACCGUGAGCGCCGACGGCUUCCUCCUCCUCAACUUCCUCGACGUCCGCACCACGGGCCCCGUCCUCGAGAGUCAGCGCGCUGACCCAUUUCGGGACGCGACCCUUUCAGCGCUCCCCGAGGCCACGCGGUUCGUCUGCAACCCUCUCAGCGGCGACCUGUUCCGCCUGCCGGACAUCGACGGCACCAAUAAGACCCUGUGCGACAACCGCCUCGGCCUCCUCACCAAGGCCCUGCGCGGUCACGGCCCGCCCGACAGGUACGCCGUCGCCGAGCUCCUACAGGAAAAGGAGCCCUCGAGGCGCUUCUCCAUGAGGCGGUUCCUCUCCGAGACAGGGGAGUGGGAGAAGCUCACGGGCCUGCCGUCCCCGCUCCCACUCCCGCUGGCGCGUCGGAUGGAGGUGGACCACGAGGCCGUGGCCUUCGGCGGCCGGCUCUGGUGGGUCGAUGUGAGCUGUGGUGCCGUCUCCGCGGACCCGUUCAGCGACCGGCCCGAGCUCCGCUUCGUGGAGCUCCCGGAGGGCAAGGAGCGAGUGGCCCCUGAUCCCCGGACCCUGUGCAGAUACCGGCGCGUUGGGGUCAGCGAGGGGAGGCUGCGUUACGCCGUGGUGUCCCAGUGGGAGCCCUUCCUUCUCCGCUCGUUUGCCCUUGAUGGCGACGACGAUUGGACACUGGAGCACGAGGUGGCGCUUAGCCCACUCUGGACGAACGGGGGCUACCCCUGGCUGCCUAUGGAGGAGACACCGCGGAUUGCCGUCAUCGACCCCAUGAACGCGAGCAUCAUGCAUCUCACCAUCGGCAACUAUGUUGUCACCGUGGACAUGGACACGGGGAAGGUGGUUGCUAGUGUAAUUGUCUCGGCGGAGCAUCAGCUUGAUCUAAUCAUGACCGAUGGUUUCUUUCGGGCUUUUGUGCUCUCGCCGUGGCUUGGAUCAAACAGGAUUCCUCGUGCAGGCAAGCUGGGCAAUGCCAGGAACAAGACUCUGGCAGACGUUCUGAUUCGCUCAAACUGAUACUAGAGCAGAUGAAGCAUGCAAGUUCGUCAAUUUGCAGCAACGGCGCGCGUUUUGGAGUUAGAUGCAACAGGAGGCGUUCAAGAUCCUCUUCGGCGGGAUUCAACCUAUCAUCAUCAGGGGGGCCAGUGGAGUUUGGGGAGUUCUUAGCUUCGAUCAAGACUCUUGCCUUUCCAAAUUUUAUUUUGCUUUGUAUGGCUAUCUUGUAAACAGGGCCAAACCUGAAACCUGACAACUUUUGAAUGGAAGCUGCGCGAUAAACCUUUUCUCUAAAAGCGUUAUGCAUAUUUUACCAAUUAUAUACUACU